CCACCAUACCUAGCUAAUUUUUGUGUUUUCAGUAGUGACAGGGUUUGCCAUUUUGGCCAGGCUGGUCUUGAACUCCUGACCUCAAGUGAUUCCCCUGCCUUGGCCUCCCUUUAGAAUGCUGGGAUUACAGGUGUUAGCCACCACGCCUGGCCUGGGAAGUUUUUUUUUCUUAUUUUUUAAGAGUUCUGAUUUUCACAAAUGAAUAGUGAAUGGAAGCACUUAAACUCCUUAUAUCUUGUCUUUAAAGUGUUUUUUUAUCUUUAUUUUUUAUUUUUAUUUUUUGCCUUUCACCUUCCCCCGUGCUUGACAUAUCCCAAUUAGAUGGACAAUACACUUAUACUGCUGAUUCUUUUGAGUUGUAAUAUCGAUGCCAAAGAAGUGUAGAAAAUAAGAUUUGAUCUUUUCAGGCUAUAAACUGUUACCUUUAUUAUUUUUGUCCUUCUAAAUAAUUUGGAAUGUUAUCAUUCACAUUAGAGUACCCAGCAGAUGUGAAGGAAAAUAUAUAAGCUUAGUGAAAUUUGACUGCUCACUUUUUUAAUUGUUCAUUGGGAAAUGAAAGAGGUCUGGCAUAUGUUGAAGUUUAUUACAGACAAAAAUAAAAAUGAAGCAGAAUCUAGAUGCAUUACCAUUUUGUACCUUUAAUAGCUUUUUCUUCCUCUGUUCCAAAGUUUUCCAGAUACUGUAGCCUGCUUUUUACUCUGGUGAUAAAGAGGAGGUUUCUGAGAAGCGUGGUAGAAAUAAUGUGGGAACAUGGAGAAGAACUGAAUUAAGGUCAGGGAAGCUAUAAACCUUUGAGUGCUUUUGGGAUGUGCUGUGCUCUGUGGGAGGCUGUGUGUAUGAGUUCAAGCUUGAGAAACUUUCUUGAUAAAAAUGUGACUAUUAACAUUUACUGUUCCUUCCUCUUAAGAGUCUCUUGAGAAGAUGAAUUUUUAUUUAAAUGCUGUUUUGUCACUUUUUUUCUGAUUAUAAAAUGCUCACAGAUAUUUUGUCCUUAGAAUUAUACCUAUCCCUCACAGAUAACCUGAAACAUAAAUAUAAUAAUAACAGAAUAUGUUGCAAAGAUAGGAAUUUACUGGUGAUUCCUGAUAAAUUGGAAUCUCUAGUUUGUAAGGACAAUAGUCUCAAUCUUUGGCUUCUUCUUUUUUUUUUUUGAGAUGGAUUUUCCCUGUUGUUACCCAGACUGGAGUGCAAUGGCACGAUCCUGGCUCACCGCAACCUCCGCCUUCCGGGUUCAAGCAAUUCUCCUGCCUUACCCUCCUGAGUAGCUGGGAUUACAGGCACGUGCCACCAUGCCCCGCUAAUUUUUGUAUUUUUAGUAGAGACAAGGUUUCACCUCAUUGACCAGGAUGGUCUCGAUCCCUUGCCUCGUUAUCCACCCGCCUUGGCCUCCCAAAGUGCUGGGAUUAUAGGUGUGAGCCACCGCACCUGGCCUACUUCUUUUUUUUUUUGAGAUGGAGUCUCACUCUUAUCAAUAGGCUGGAGUGCAGUGGCGCAAUCCCAGCUCACUGCAACUUCCGUUUUCUGGUUUCAAGCAAUUCUCCUCCCUCAGCUUCCCAAGUAGCUGGGACUAUAGGCAUGCACCACCAUGCCCAGUUAAUUUUUUGUUUUUAGUAAAGACAGUGUUUCACCGUGUUGGCCAGUAUGUUCUUGAUCUCCUGACCUUGUGAUCCACCUGCCUCAGCCUCCCAAAGUGCUGGGAUUACAGGCGUGAGCCACUUUGCCCAGUCUGUCUUUGCCUUCUUUAGCCUUGUAAUGUGAUUGGUAUUAUACAGACUGUCCCCAGUUUCUCGACUCUUAUUAUGACUUGAGCGCCUGCUCUAGGAAGGCUUUUGUCCCCAUUACUCCAAGGAAACUGCUGUGAUCGAGGUUGCAGGUGACCUCCUCUUUUUAAAAUCAAGUAUUAUUUCCCAGUCUUCAUUUUACUGGGCCUAUCAGCAGUAUUUAAUAUGGUAAUUGCCUUCUUUUCCUUCAAGUACUUUGUUUAUUUUGCAUCCUAGGACUUUAUGGUCACUUGGUUUUUCUCCUAUCUGUCUUUCUUGCCUCUUCUUGGAAGGGAUUCCUCAUAUCUACAGUCCUUUAAGGGCCAAUUUCUUGGAUGUCUUUUUUAUCUACGCUCUUGUUCUUGGUCAUAUGUAUUCCUAUAACCUUUAAAACUAUCUAUAUGCCAUAGACUUCUAUAUUUAUGUUUUUGUUUGGAUCUUUCCCCUAAAUCUCAGACUCUUAUUGAAACAGCCUAUUCAUUGUUUUUAUUUUGAUGUCUAAUAGGCAUCUCAGACUUAAUAUGUCCACAGCUGAGCUCCUGAUACUAAUCUGCUCUGCUCUGAGUCAUCAUCAUCCAGUAAAUAGCAACUCCAUCUUUCUAGUUUAGGUUUCUUGCAUUCGUCUUGGACUCCUUUCUCUCAUAUCCUGUGUCCAAACUGUCAGCAAAGUCUUGUUGGUUCUAUCUACAAAAUAUAUUCAGAUGCCAGGCAGGGGGCGGUAGCUCACACCUGUAAUAUCAGUACUCUGGGAGGCCAAGGUGGGUAGAUUACUUGAGUCCAGGAAUUCAGGACCAGCCUGGGCAACAUGGUGAAAACCUGUCUCUACUAAAAAUACAAAGAAUUAGCCAGGUGGUGUGGUGGUACACAUCUGUAGACCCAGCAACUUGGGAGGCUGAGGUGGGAGAAUCGACUGAGCCUGGGAGGUUGAGGCUACAGUAAGCCCAGAUCAUGCCAGUGCACUCCAGCCUGGGUAUGAGAGUGAGACUCUGUCAUUCAUAAAUAGAUAAAUAAAAUGAAAUUCAAAUUCUAACAUGUCAUCUUUUCUAUUACCAUUACACUAGUUCACACUAUCAUUAUCUUUUGCAUAGAUUUUCCUCUUCACAGUCUCUUGAGUUUGUUUCUAGUAGCCACUUAACUAGUUACUUGUAACUAGAUAUCUAACUGCCUCCUAACUAGUACCCACAAAAGUCUGUGGUAUCUAUAGCAAAUAGUUAGAUUAUGUUACUUCUAUGGUCAAAGGCCUCCAAAGGCUUAUAAAUUGCUUAAGAAUAAAAGCUGAAGGCUUUAUUAAGACCCGAGAGACUGCAUGAUAUCCUGCUUUGUAGUCAUUCCACAUUGACACUGUCUUCUGUUACUCUCUGACUUGGGUAUUUUUUUUUCCAGCCACAUUGGCAUUCUUGCUGUUCCUUGAACAUGCCAGGUCUGGUCUCCCUGUAUGGCCUUUGCACUUGUUUCUCUGUCUAGAAUAUUUUUUUCAAAGAUAACCACAUGACUUCACUUCUUUCAGGACAUUCUACUUCUGGACUUGUUCACUAUACGUUUUAACCUUUAAUGGCAAAACCCAACUCUCCUGAUCAGCCUUCCUGAAUCUUUGGACAGUAUUUUUGGUUGCUUGUCUGUACAUCAUUUUACCAGAUGUUACUCACUUGGCUCUCCCCUGCUUCAAAAACGCCUAAGCUGUUAACGUUGAGAAGAGGAUUGAGAGGAGCAGAAUACAAAGAUAUUUAUUAAGGUGUAUGUGGAAUUUGAUGAUCUUGAAUGGGAUAAACGAGAGUGGGUUAAAGUUUAUGAAGAUUUUUCAACUUUCUUGGUGGAAUACCACUUAAUCUGGGCCAAAAGGAAUGACCCUAGCCAGACUCAGGGAUCAAAGAGCAAACAGAUUCAGUGGCCUGCAUUGACUUUCAAACCUCUGGUUGAAAGAAGUAUACCCAGUUCAGUCACUGCAGUAGAAUUCCUUGUAGAUAAGCAACUGGAUUUUUUAACUGAAGAUAGUGCCUUUCAGCCCUACCAGGACGACAUAGACAGCCUAAACCCAGUUCUCAGGGACAACCCGCAACUUCACGAGGAAGUGAAAGUCUGGGUAAAGGAACAAAAGGUUCAGGAGAUUUUUAUGCAAGGUCCUUAUUCCUUAAAUGGAUACAGAGUGAGAGUAUAUAGACAAGACUCUGCCACCCAGUGGUUUACUGGCAUAAUUACUCAUCAUGAUCUCUUCACCCGCACCAUGAUCGUUAUGAAUGAUCAGGUACUAGAACCACAGAAUGUCGAUCCUUCUAUGGUUCAAAUGACCUUUCUAGAUGAUGUUGUUCACUCUUUGUUAAAAGGUGAAAAUAUUGGCAUUACAUCACGGCGCAGGUCUCGUGCCAAUCAAAACAUCAACGCUGUUCACAGUCAUUACACACGUGCCCAAGCAAAUAGUCCUAGACCAGCAAUGAACUCACAAGCUGCUGUACCAAAACAGAAUACGCACCAGCAACAGCAACAAAGAAGUAUCCGUCCACAUAAGAGGAAGGGCUCAGAUAGCAGUAUACCAGAUGAAGAGAAGAUGAAGGAGGAAAAAUAUGAUUAUAUAUCACGAGGAGAAAAUCCUAAAGGUAAAAACAAACACUUGAUGAAUAAAAGAAGGAAACCUGAGGAAGAUGAAAAGAAACUAAAUAUGAAAAGACUUCGAACUGACAAUGUUUCAGACUUUUCUGAGAGCAGUGACUCAGAAAAUUCAAGUAAGAGAAUAAUAGAUAAUUCCUCAGAACAGAAGCCAGAGAAUGAAUUGAAAAAUAAAAAUACUUCAAAUAUAAAUGGAGAAGAAGGAAAACCCCAUAAUAAUGAGAAGUCAGGAGAAGAGACCCUAAAAGAUAACCAGUCUCCCUGGGAUCAAAUACAGGAAGAUAAAACACAUGAAGAAGCAGAGAAGCAGAAGUCUGUUGACACUCAGCUUCAAGAAGAUAUGAUUAUCCAUUCAUCAGAACAGUCCACACCUUCUGAUCAUAAUCCUAAUGAUUUACUUCCUCAGGAAUGUAAUAUGGAAAAAACACGUACAGUGGAAUUACUACCAAAGGAGAAGUUUGUAUCCAGACCACCCACACCAAAAUGUGUUAUUGAUAUUACAAAUGACACUAAUUUAGAAAAGGUGGCUCAGGAAAACUCAAGUACCUUUGGCCUUCAGACACUUCAGAAAAUGGAUCCUAAUGUUAGUGAUUCAAAACACUCUAUUGCAAAUGCAAAAUUCUUGGAAAUAACAAAACAAGAUUCUGAUCAGAGCUGGGUCAGUGAGGUAGUUAAAGUGGAUUUAACCCAAUCAAGUGUUAUAAAUGCUUCUUCAGGAAAUGAUAACUUGAACAUGGAAAAAGAGAAGUAUGUCUCUUAUAUUUCUACUUUAAGUGCAGUUUCUGUCAUGGAAGAUAAGCUGCAUAAGCGAAGUCCACCUCCAGAGACUAUAAAAUCUAAACUUAAUACUUCAGUAGAUACUCACAAGAUAAAAUCCAGUCCCUCACCUGAAGUUGUUAAACCCAAAAUAACUCAUUCUCCUGAUUCUGUAAAGUCUAAGGCCACUUAUGUGAACAACCAACCUACUGGUGAAAGAAGACUGGCAAAUAAGAUAGAACAUGAGCUAUCAAGAUGCAGUUUUCAUCCAAUUCCUACUCGAAGCAGUACAUUAGAAACUACAAAGAGUCCUCUUAUCAUUGAUAAAAAUGAGCAUUUUACAGUUUACAGAGAUCCUGCACUUAUUGGGUCAGAAACAGGAGCUAAUCAUAUUUCACCUUUCCUAAGCCAGCAUCCUUUUCCUCUUCACUCUUCAUCUCAUAGAACCUGUUUAAAUCCAGGUACCCAUCAUCCUGCCUUAACUCCUGCACCCCACUUACUAGCCGGAUCAUCCAGUCAAACUCCAUUACCUACCAUUAACACUCACCCUCUGACUAGUGGUCCACACCAUGCUGUCCAUCACCCUCAUUUACUUCCCACUGUGUUACCUGGAGUGCCUACUGCCUCCUUACUUGGUGGCCACCCACGACUAGAGAGUGCUCAUGCCAGCAGCUUGAGCCACUUAGCACUAGCACACCAGCAACAACAACAGUUGUUACAGCACCAGUCACCUCAUCUUCUUGGACAAGCCCAUCCUUCUGCUUCAUAUAAUCAGCUUGGACUUUAUCCAAUUAUUUGGCAGUAUCCAAAUGGAACACAUGCAUACUCAGGACUUGGUUUGCCUUCUUCUAAGUGGGUUCACCCAGAAAAUGCAGUUAAUGCUGAGGCUUCAUUAAGGAGGAAUUCUCCCAGUCCUUGGCUACAUCAGCCCACCCCUGUGACCUCAGCAGAUGGUAUUGGAUUACUUAGUCACAUUCCUGUCAGACCUUCCAGUGCAGAGCCUCAUCGGCCUCUUAAAAUUACAGCCCAUUCCAGUCCACCAUUGACAAAAACUUUAGCAGAUCAUCAUAAGGAAGAAUUGGAAAGGAAAGCUUUUAUGGAACCACUACGGUCUGUUGCAUCCACAUCAACAAAAAAUGACCUGGAUCUAAAUCGGGCACAGACUGGAAAAGAUUGUCACUUACAUAGGCAUUUUGUGGAUCCAGUAUUAAAUCAAUUACAGAGGCCACCCCAGGAGACUGGAGAGAGAUUAAACAAAUACAAAGAGGAACACCGUCGAAUUCUUCAAGAAAGUAUUGAUGUUGCUCCCUUUACAACUAAAAUCAAGGGACUUGAGGGUGAAAGAGAGAAUUAUUCCAGAGUGGCAUCAUCAUCUUCCAGUCCUAAAAGCCAUGUCAUCAAACAAGAUACAGAUGUAGAACGCUCAGUAUCAGAUCUUUAUAAAAUGAAGCACUCAGUGCCUCAGAGUUUACCCCAAAGUAACUAUUUCACUACAUUGUCUAAUAGUGUGGUCAAUGAACCACCAAGAUCAUACCCAUCCAAAGAAGUUUCAAAUAUUUACAGUGAUAAACAGAGUAAUGCCCUUGCAGUGGCAGCAGCUAAUCCUCAAACUCUGACUUCAUUUAUAACAUCUCUUUCAAAGCCUCCACCUUUGAUUAAACACCAACCAGAAAGUGAAGGUUUAGUAGGCAAGAUACCGGAGCAUCUUCCACAUCAGAUUGCAUCUCACUCAGUAACAGCCUUCAGAAAUGAUUGUAGGAGUCCUACCCAUUUGACAGUUUCUUCUACAAAUACACUCCGCAGUAUGCCUGCAUUACAUAGAGCACCAGUAUUUCACCCACCAAUCCAUCACAGCCUGGAAAGAAAGGAAGGUAGCUAUAGUAGCCUUUCCCCUCCAACUUUAACUCCAGUGAUGCCAGUAAAUGCUGGUGGGAAAGUUCAAGAAUCGCAGAAGCCUCCAACUCUAAUACCCGAGCCAAAAGACUCUCAGGCAAAUUUUAAGAGUUCUUCAGAACAGAGUUUGACAGAGAUGUGGAAACCUAAUAAUAACCUCAGCAAAGAGAAAACCGAAUGGCAUGUGGAGAAAAGCAGCGGAAAGUUACAGGCUGCAAUGGCAUCUGUCAUUGUGCGUCCAUCUUCUAGUACAAAAACAGAUAGCAUGCCAGCAGUGCAGUUAGCUUCUAAAGAUCGAGUUAGUGAAAGAUCUUCAGCUGGGGCACAUAAAACAGAUUGCCUCAAACCAGCAGAAGCUGGAGAAACUGGAAGAAUCAUUUUGCCAAAUGUGAAUUCAGACAGUGUUCACACAAAAUCUGAAAAAAACUUUCAGGCUGUCUCACAGGGCAGUGUUCCCAGUUCAGUCAUGUCUGCUGUAAAUACAAUGUGUAAUACCAAAACGGAUGUCAUCACAUCUGUUGCCGCUACUACCAGUGUUUCCAGCUGGGGUGGUUCAGAAGUAACUUCAUCUCUAUCAAAUACCAUUUUGGCCCCUACAUCAUCAGAAUGUACAUCUUCAAAAAGUAUCAGUCAGCCAGUGGCUCAAACACAAGAAUGCAAGGUCAGCACCACAGCUCCAGUUAUAUUAGCCAGUAGUAAGACAGGAAGUGUUGUUCAGCCCAGUUCUGGGUUCUCAGGCACAACUGAUUUUAUCCAUUUGAAAAAGCACAAGGCAGCACUGGCUGCAGCUCAGUAUAAAAGUAGUAAUGUUAGUGAGACUGAAUCUAAUGCUAUAAAAUAUCAGACAUCUUCAGCCUCCCUUCCUCUGGAUAGCACUGUAAUCUGUAGUACAAUUAACAAAGCAAACUCUGUAGGAAAUGGGCAAGCUUCCCAGACAAGUCAACCAAACUACCAUACUAAACUGAAAAAGGCCUGGCUCACCAGACAUUCAGAAGAAGAUAAAAAUACUAAUAAAAUGGAAAAUUCAGGGAAUUCUGUAUCAGAAAUUAUUAAGCCAUGUUCUGUCAACUUAAUAGCCUCUACAUCUGGUGAUAUACAAAAUAGUGUAGAUAGUAAGAUCAUAGUUGAUAAAUAUAUAAAAGAUGAUAAAGUCAAUAGGAGGAAAGCCAAAAGAACUUAUGAAUCUGGCUCUGAAAGUGGAGACUCAGAUGAAAGCGAAAGCAAGUCAGAGCAAAGGACUAAAAGGCAACCAAAGCCAACUUACAAAAAGAAGCAAAAUGAUUUGCAGAAGAGAAAAACUGAAAUAGAAGAAGAUUUGAAACCCAAUGGAGUUCUAAGCAGGAGUGCCAAAGAAAAAAGUAAAUUGAAGUUGCAAAGCAACAGUACUACUGGCAUUCCUCGUUCAGUAUUAAAAGAUUGGCGUAAAGUCAAGAAGCUGAAGCAAACUGGGGAAUCCUUUUUACAGGAUGACUCCUGCUGUGAGAUAGGGCCUAAUUUACAAAAGUGCCGAGAAUGCAGACUUAUUCGCAGUAAAAAAGGAGAAGAACCAGCUCACUCACCGGUAUUUUGUAGAUUUUACUACUUUAGACGAUUGUCAUUUAGUAAAAAUGGAGUAGUUAGAAUAGAUGGUUUCUCUUCUCCUGACCAAUAUGAUGAAGAAGCUAUGAGUUUGUGGACACAUGAAAAUUAUGAAGAUGAUGAACUAGAUAUAGAAACUUCUAAAUAUAUCUUGGAUAUAAUAGGGGAUAAGUUCUGUCAAUUAGUAACAUCUGAAAAAACAGCUUUGUCGUGGGUGAAAAAGGAUGCCAAAAUUGCCUGGAAAAGAGCAGUGAGAGGAGUCCGGGAGAUGUGUGAUGCAUGUGAAGCAACAUUGUUUAACAUUCACUGGGUCUGCCAAAAAUGUGGAUUUGUGGUCUGCUUAGAUUGUUACAAGGCAAAGGAAAGGAAGAGUUCUAGAGAUAAAGAACUAUAUGCUUGGAUGAAGUGUGUGAAGGGACAGCCUCAUGAUCACAAACAUUUAAUGCCAACCCAAAUUAUACCUGGUUCUAUUUUGACAGAUCUUCUAGAUGCCAUGCACACUCUUAGGGAAAAAUAUGGUAUUAAAUCUCAUUGUCAUUGUACUAACAAACAGAAUUUACAAGUUGGAAAUUUUCCUGCAAUGAAUGGUGUAUCUCAAGUUUUACAGAAUGUUCUUAAUCAUGGUAAUAAAAUUUCUCUGUGCAUGCCUGAGUCUCAGCAGCAAAAUACUCCUCAGAAGUCUGAGAAAAAUGGCAGCAGCAGCCCAGAGAGUGAUGUAGGCACAGAUAACAAGUUAACUCCUCCAGAAUCCCAGUCACCACUGCACUGGUUAGCAGAUCUUGCAGAGCAAAAAGCCAGAGAGGAAAAAAAAGAAAACAAAGAACUUACCCUUGAAAAACAAAUUAAAGAAGAGAGAGAACAAGACAACUCUGAAUCUCCAAAUGGCAGAACAUCACCUCUUGUGUCCCAGAAUAAUGAACAAGGCUCAACCUUACGGGAUUUGCUGACUACAACAGCUGGAAAGCUACGUGUGGGUUCUACAGAUGCUGGCAUUGCCUUUGCCCCAGUAUAUUCAAUGGGAGCUCCAAGUAGCAAAAGUGGACGGACUAUGCCUAACAUUCUUGAUGACAUAAUUGCUUCAGUUGUUGAAAACAAAAUUCCACCAAGUAAAACCUCCAAAAUAAAUGUAAAACCAGAGCUUAAAGAAGAGCCUGAAGAAAGCAGAAUAUCUGCAGUGGAUGAAAAUAAUAAAUUGUACAGUGAUAUACCACAUUCUUGGAUCUGUGAGAAGCAUAUUUUAUGGCUUAAGGAUUAUAAGAAUAGCAAUAAUUGGAAACUUUUCAAAGAAUGUUGGAAACAAGGACAGCCUGCAGUGGUUUCUGGUGUGCAUAAGAAAAUGAACAUUAGCCUAUGGAAGGCGGAAUCAAUUAGUCUUGAUUUUGGAGACCACCAAGCUGAUCUCCUGAACUGCAAAGAUAGCAUCAUUUCAAAUGCCAAUGUUAAGGAAUUCUGGGAUGGUUUUGAAGAAGUUUCAAAACGGCAGAAAAACAAAAGUGGAGAAACAGUUGUUUUAAAAUUGAAAGAUUGGCCUUCAGGAGAAGACUUCAAGACUAUGAUGCCAACAAGAUACGAAGAUCUUUUAAAAAGUCUACCAUUGCCAGAAUAUUGUAAUCCAGAAGGAAAAUUCAAUUUGGCCUCUCAUUUGCCAGGAUUUUUUGUACGUCCUGAUCUAGGACCCAGGUUGUGCAGUGCCUAUGGUGUAGUUGCUGCUAAAGAUCAUGAUAUAGGAACGACAAAUCUCCAUAUUGAAGUUUCUGAUGUUGUAAAUAUUCUAGUCUAUGUUGGCAUAGCAAAAGGAAAUGGCAUUCUCUCAAAAGCAGGAAUACUCAAGAAAUUUGAGGAAGAAGAUUUGGAUGACAUUUUAAGGAAAAGACUGAAGGACUCAAGUGAAAUACCUGGUGCUCUGUGGCAUAUUUAUGCUGGGAAAGAUGUUGACAAGAUAAGAGAAUUUCUCCAAAAGAUUUCAAAAGAACAAGGCCUUGAAGUUCUACCAGAACAUGAUCCAAUACGUGACCAAAGUUGGUAUGUGAACAAAAAGCUCCGCCAAAGGCUGCUUGAAGAAUAUGGAGUCAGAACCUGUACUCUUAUUCAGUUCCUUGGUGAUGCUAUUGUUUUGCCAGCAGGAGCCCUUCAUCAGGUUCAGAAUUUUCACAGCUGUAUUCAGGUAACUGAAGACUUUGUAUCUCCAGAACAUCUUGUAGAGUCAUUUCAUUUAACACAGGAACUGAGACUUUUAAAGGAAGAAAUCAAUUAUGAUGAUAAACUACAGGUUAAAAAUAUUUUGUAUCAUGCAGUCAAAGAAAUGGUGAGAACCUUGAAGAUACAUGAGGAUGAAGUAGAGGAUAUGGAAGAAAAUUAAGUGUGAUCCAGUUUGAUAUUUUUAGGUCAUUGAACUGGGAUUACUUAACCUUGAUUGAUGAUAUGUAUGCACACUGACUUAAGCUUCAUAAAACCAUCAGUGCCAAGAAAUUCUCUUUGUAGUAAUUACUUGUUACUGACACUGCAGCAGUAUAGCAUAUGUCACAGCUCCUGUGAUUCAAUAUUAUAAAACAAGCAGAAUUUUAAAAGCAGCACUGUAUAGCUGUUUUGUAUUAUAAUGUAUAUGAUGUUUGUGAAAAUGCCAGAUUUAAAAUGAUGUAUUUAUUUUUGGUAAAAAAUAAAAAAAUUCUAUGCUAUAUUGUUGAUCAAGUGUAAAUGUGACCUUGUACAGUUUACUAAAAUUACUGAUAUUUUUCACUACAUUGAGACAGUUACUGUGAGAAUAGGACACAAACACCAGCUAUUGCCUGCAUCUGGGAAAUUGCUGAAUCGCACAGCAGUCAUGUCAUAAUCAGAAAAUUACUGCCAAAUAAUUGUAAAAUUUGUAAAGUAUAAAGUAUAUAAAGUAGAUACUAAAUACAGACACUUCAAUAUUUUGUUGAAGCUAUUGACUGUACAAUUAAACAUUUUCAAAAGGUGUAAUUUAUUUAAAAUUGUCUCAUUUUGGUAAAAUUUAUGUGAACUUUUAAAGCUAAAUAUUAAACUUAAUAUGCUAUGUAAAUAUAUACAUAUAUACAUUUAAUGAUGUAUUUUUUUAAAACAUUGGCUUGCUUUUGUUAAAGUGCAAGUGUUACAUAUGGCUUUGUACAUUAAAGUUGAAAGGGGUUUUACAUUUUCCAUUAAAAGGACUUUAUCAAAAA